UUCCGGAACACUUUCAUAUCAGUGGAGGCGAACUGAACAGGGUUCUGGGAGGCAUAGAUUGACAUAACCUUAGCCAAAUUGACAUCUCGACCUUGUUUCUGGCGUAAUUGUCACGACACAAACGGAAAAUAUAUGACUAAAUGCACCCAGGAUCACAUUGAAAAAUAUUCUCUGGUUAUCAGAGUUCCACCAACGACUGGAAACCGACAUUUCACAAGACACUUCAUCGAGAAUGUAGAAAGUAUCAGCAAGUAGGCUAAAGGAUACCUGUGAAAGCUCUUGCUUCCCACCCAAAUGUCAAGGUCACAGUGACCGGGGCGGGCGGAGGCAGAGCCCGUUGCCCCGGCCCCUUUGCCCAGCUGCAGAGCAGCCCCUGUCAGGGAGCACAUCCUCCCAUUCCAGUCCUCUGGGUGGCACCUUGAGCCAUGGAGCACUCACGGGAGAAAGAGAGUGAGAGACCUGCACGCAGCAACAAGGCAGGUCAGGGGCGCAGCGGGCACUCACGCCCCUCGGGAUCAGGCUCCUCCGGAGUGCUCAUGGUGGGGCCCAACUUCCGUGUGGGCAAGAAGAUCGGCUGUGGUAACUUUGGAGAGCUGAAGUUAGGUAAAAAUCUCUACACCAAUGAAUAUGUUGCAAUAAAAUUGGAACCAAUCAAAUCAAGGGCACCACAGCUGCAUUUGGAGUACCGGUUUUACAAAACAUUAGGCAGCACAGCGGAGGGUCUUCCUCAGGUCUUCUACUUUGGGCCAUGUGGGAAAUACAAUGCCAUGGUUUUGGAGCUACUGGGUCCCAGUCUAGAAGACCUCUUUGACCUCUGUGACAGGACCUUCUCUCUUAAGACCGUUUUGAUGAUGGCUAUUCAGCUGCUCUCCCGGAUGGAGUAUGUCCACUCCAAGAACCUCAUCUACCGAGACGUGAAGCCAGAGAACUUCCUCAUCGGGCGGCAGGGGCACAAGCAGGAGCACAUCAUCCACAUAAUCGACUUUGGCCUGGCCAAAGAGUACAUCGACCCCGAGACCAAAAAACACAUCCCCUACAGGGAACACAAAAGCCUCACGGGGACCGCCCGCUACAUGUCUAUUAACACCCACUUAGGAAAAGAGCAAAGUCGACGGGAUGACCUGGAAGCCCUGGGCCACAUGUUCAUGUAUUUCCUACGAGGGAGUCUGCCGUGGCAAGGACUCAAGGCUGACACCCUGAAAGAGCGAUACCAGAAGAUUGGCGACACCAAGCGCAACACUCCCAUCGAGGUCCUCUGUGAAAGCUUUCCAGAAGAGAUGGCCACCUACCUGCGCUAUGUGCGGCGAUUGGACUUCUUUGAGAAGCCCGACUACGAGUAUUUGAGGACUCUGUUCACCGAGCUGCUUGAGCGUAAAGGAUACACCUUUGACUACACCUACGACUGGGAUGGCAGACCGAUUCCUACUCCAGUGGGGGCUGUCAACGUGGACUCGGGUGCGUCUGCCAUCACGAGAGAAAGCAAUGCUAACAGAGACAGGCCCUCUCAGCAACAACCCCUACGGAACCAGAUGGCAGCAUCAGACCGCAGAGGGGCAUGGGAUGCACAGCCCCACCGGCAGACAAACUCCUCCUACCUGAGCAGCUCCCACCUGGCCGCAGACAGGCAUGGGGGCUCUGUGCAGGUGGUCAGCUCCACCAAUGGGGAACUGAAUGCCGAUGACCCAAUGACGGCCCACUCCAACGCACCUAUCGCAGCGCAGGCCGACGUGGAGGUGGUGGAUGAGGCCAAGUACGUUUCUGCUGCUUUUUCUUCUGUCGUAGCUAGCUCGCGCUCUCCCCAUUUUUGCUUGGUCAUCUGUCCCUUUCGAAAGCACUUCGUUUUUUAGUUGUAAUCAAAUCAAAUUUUAUUUGAGACAUUCUUCUUAAACAAGUGCAGAAUAACAGUGAAAUGCUUACUUUCGGGCCGUUCCCAACAAUGCAGAGAGAAAGAAAAGAGAAAUAAUAGAAAAGUAAAACACUGAAUAAUAUGCUAAACGAAAAUAUAAACAUGCAACAAUUUCUAUGAUUUUACUGAGACACAAUUCUUAUAAGGACAACAGUAAAUGGAAAUAAAUGUAUUCGGUCCUGACCUAUAGAUUUCACAUGAAUGGGAAUACAGAUAACUUUUUUUAAAUUAAAAAAAUUAAAGUAGGUGCGUGGAUCAGGAAGGUAGUCACUAUCUGGUAUGACCACCAUUUGCCUCAUGCAGCACAACAUAUCUCUUUCGCAUAGAGUUGAUCAGGCUGUUGAUUGUCCCACUCCUCUUCAAUGACUGUGUGAAGUUGCUGGAUAUUGGCAGGAAACAUAUUGUCAGAAACAUGCUCAAUGGGUGACAUGUCUGGUGAGUACGCAAGCCAUGUAAGAACAGGGACAUUUUCAGCUUUCAGUAAUUGUGUACAGAUCCUUGCGACAUGGGGCCGUGCGUUAUCAUGCUGAAACAUGAGGCGAUGGAGGUGGAUGAAUGGGACGACAACAAGCCUCAGGAUCUCAUCACGGUUUCUCUGUGCAUUCAAAUUGCCAUAGAUAAAAUGCUAAUUUGUUUGUUGUCCAUAGCUUAUGCCUGCCCGUACCAUAACCCCACUGCCACCAUGGGUCCCUCUGUUCACAACGUUGACAUCAGCAAACUGCUCACACACACAACGCCGUACACGUGGUCUGCACUUGAGGCCGUUUGGAUGUAGCAGUAGCAUAUAUGAUGAGUAUAAAAAAAAGUCAGUGCAAUGCUGAUAGUCCAGUUAGCUAUUUAUUUAACUAACUAUUUAGCUGUCUUAUGGCUUGGGGAUAAAAGUUAUUCAGGGUCCUGUUGGUUCCAGACUUUGUGCAUCGUUACCACUUACCGUGCGGUAGCAGAGAGAACAGUCUAUUACGGGUGGCUGAAGUCUUCAACAAUUCUUAGGGCCUUCCUCUGUCACCGCCUGUUGUAGAGGUCCUGGAUAGCAGGGAGCUCUGCCCCAGUGAUGUACUGGGCCGUACGCACUACCCUCUGCGCAGUGCCUUGCUGUCAGAUGCCAAGUAGUUGACAUACCAAGUGGGGAUGCAGCCAGUCAAGAUGCUCAGUGGUGAUGCUGUAGACAUUGUUGAGGAUCUGAGGGCCCAAGCCAAAUCUGUUCAGCCUCCUGGGGGGGAAGAGGCAUUAUUGUGCACUCCUCAUGACUGCGUUUGUGUGUUUGGACCAUAAUAGAUCCUUAGUGAUGUGGAAACUGAGGAACUUGAAGCUCUCGACUCUCUUCACUUCAGCCCUGUCAACAUGAAUGGGGGCAUGCUCGACCCUCCAUUUCCUGUAAUCCAUGAUCAGCUCCUUUGUCUUGCUGACGUUGAGGAAGAGGUUGUCCUGGCACCACACUGCCAGGUCUCUGACAUCCCUAUAGGCUGUCUCGUGGUUGUAGGUGAUCAGGCCUACCACCUUCUGCAAACUUAAUGAUGGUAAUGGAGUCAUGCGUGGCCACGCCUUUGUGGGUGAACAGGGAGUACAGGAGGGAACUAAGCACACGACCCUGAGGGGCCCCUGUGUUGAGGGUCAAUGUGAUCAAUGUGUUGUUGCCUACCAUCACCACCGAGGUGCGUCCCGUCAGGCAGUCUAGGAUCCAGUUGCAGAUGAAGGCCAUGUCCAGGCUUUCAAAACUACAGAUGAGUGCUACGGGUCAAUAGUCAUUUAGACAGGUUACCUUGACGUUCUUGGGCACAGGGACUAUAGUGGUCUGCUUGAAACAUGUAGAUAUUACAGACUGGGUCAGGGAGAGGUUAAAAAUGUCAGUGAAGACAUUGAAGACAAUUUAUGACAGUGGUAUUUUGGAUAAUUUCUUUACUGUAACUCUUGCUUCAGUCCAUGAGACUGACUAACUGUCCAAUUCCAACCAGUUUGAAGUACCGUGAAAGUGUAUUAGAUACAAGAAAUCAAACUGCCUGAGCUGGGAUAAAAUCAUGUCCAAACAAGUUGUCUCUUGUGGCAGGAACCUGUCAGGACCGGGUGGUGAACUGAUAAUCUGCAAAAAAACAUAUUUUGGUUCAGUUAGUUUCAAUUAUGAUAUGGGGCAAAAUUCUUACAAUUUCUGAUUAUCUGAAUUAUUUGAAUCUGAAAAUAUACUUUCUAGCUAAAACAAAAAAAUAACAAAAUUCCCCUCAUACUUUCACCUUUCUGUCUUUGUUUUAGUUUCCCUUGCAUGAACUGCGAUGAUUGUCCUUAGCCACACUCUUUGUGUCUGUGUGUGUGCAUGCAUGUGGUUCUACCUUGCACAAGGACUAUCUUGCAUCGUUGUCUCGAUCUCUGUACAGUAUUAAUCUGUCUUUUCUCGUCACACUCUCUGUAGCUGCGUGAAAAUGCUCAACCUGUGGUGAGUCCUACUCCCAUACACAUCAGCCAUUCAAAAGGAGUGGACCAGACUAGCACUAAACGAAUCCCACCAGACUAGCACCAGACAACAUAUCCAGCACUGUGUUGGUUUAUUGGCUUCACCCUUGACAUUCCAUUAAACAAAUAACAAUGUUGCUUUCAUAUUGGAUUUGAGGCUUCUCACAUGAAGUGACUAAUAUCCUUUUCACACUACUAAGAGGAGCUGAAGUAUGAUUAUGUAGCUCAACUGGAAAGACAUAGCCACACAGUGCUUGUCUCCGUCAAGAACGGAUUUGUGAUGGCAUUCGUAUGGGGUUCACAAAGAACUGCAACGUUGGCUAUACAGUUACCUGCCUGCAACCUUGUUCGAUCUAAUUGUAGAACAUUACGGAAACGUUUUGUGCCAGCUGGGUAGCAUACAGUCUGGGUUUAUUCCCUCCCCAUCACAUGCUCCCUCUCUUCUCACGUCACUCUCGCACUCCAUUUUUACAACUGUUAAAUGUUCACAUUAAUUACAUAUUUGAAGUUGAGUAAGUUUGGAGUGAUUGCAGUAUAUUGAAAGAUAUAUAGAUUGUCAAGUAACUUUCCUCUUCUGUCUCUUAAUCCUUUCUCUUCAGGUGCUGUUGCUUCUUCAAGCGAAAACGGAAGAAGAACACUCCACGGCAGAAAUGAUCUGCUACCCUGUCCGGUGUCGCUGAGCGAGUUUAGUUUUAAAGAAACUAACGAAGGGACAUUUCUGGGAGAGAGUUAUUACAAGAGAAAUGGGAUUCUUACUGACCUGGACCUACUGAAUGGAACUACUAUACACAUGAAGACCUUGGCCACAAAGUCCUUUUCUUUCCUUCUCGGUGGAUGAAUGACUAAAUUUGACUUUUGACCUUUCCUCUGAAUACUGGAGGAUGCCUGAGGACAUCUCUUCAUCUGCCCCAGUUUGGUUUUUGUUUUUUCAAGUGGAGAUCAAAAGACAAGUCUUUCCCUCUCCAUUUCUCUUUUCGGACGUGAGGAGACCAGUCUAUAGACCUCUACCACCUUUCUUUCUUGUGUCUCUCUCCUCUUUCUCUCUCUCCAAACCCACUCACCUCCACAGUAAAAGCCGGUCUUAAGCUGUCCCAUUUGCUUUUUGUUCAUACAAAUUUAUGUCUACAUACAUAGGUGUGGAUGUUUGUUUGUUUGAAUGUGUGAAUGUGCCCUAAUGGCUAAUUGGUUCAUAUGCCAGGAAGCUCCUCCCACUAAGCCCUGUUUGACUGUCUUUUGAAGAAGGCAUUAUAGAUGAUGCUUCCUAGUCUUGAAGUAACCUUGCUUCAACCCUAGACACCUACAUGGUCCCUUGUAGAUAUGCAAAGAUGCCACAGGUUCUUUCAAAUCUAUCAAGAAUGGUCUGCAGGUUGAUUUGGGAUUGGCAUAAGUAGUCAAAUCAGAAAGAAAUGGUAGAAAAGGAGGGAACACCAAAAUAAUCACUUUUCUAAUGCAUCCUUACCAGAAAAAACCUGAUGAGUACCAAUUCACCUCUCAAUAAUCACUAACAAUCACUUUGCCUUCUGCCUCCAUUUUUGUUCAAAACAAUUGUGCUAAUUUCAAUGAUAUGCAAGAAAAAUGUUAGACUGCAGCGAGUGACCAAAGGGAUGUGUGUGGACAGAGGACCUAUUAUGUUACCAGAUUUAGAUUUAACUGAAAAUUAUUUGUAUUCCAGAUCCAUGUUUGAUGCACUGGUCAAUAUUACCCACCCACUCCUUUUCAGCUUUUCAAUUUCAGGUCAAAAAAAUGUUUGGGGGGGAGAAUUGCCAAUAGAUCUGUUAUGAGUUGCAUUUCGCAACAUUGCCAGUAACCUGUAAACUGGUCCCUGUUAUCCACAAACACCUGACUUUGUGUCUGCGGAUUUAAGGAAAGUUGCUUCCAACUGCUGAUCUAAGGUCAGUUGUAGAUUUUUUGUAAAAAAAAAUUCUCCCAAUGUUUAAAGCUAGGAUUGGGCUAUCAUGAACUGACACCAGGUGUACACUUUAGGGUGGCUUCUACCUCCAGUCUGUCUGUCUGUGUACUGAAUCUGGGACAAGGAGAACAGACUUGGCUCUCCUAUUGAUUUUAGAUGCUACUGCUCCUCCUGCUGGCCUUACCAUGUAAUGCCUUAAUCAAACCACCUCUCUUCAGAGCCUAUCAGGAUAGGCAUCUGUUCACUGCAACAACACACCAGCCAAUAAGAAGACAUGUUGACAAGUCUGGUUCCUAUAGAGCAGUGUUGCUCAACUGGAUUCCUGGGGUACCUUAAGGUGUUGCAUAUUUUUGUUCUAGCCCAGCCGGAACACCUGAAUCAACUAAUUACAGGUUUAAUGAUUAGUUGAGUAUUUUUGAAUCAGGUGUGUUUGCUGGGCUAGAACAAAAAAAUGGAGCUGUGCUGCAGUGUCGACGCUCAAGACCUGGACUUAAGAAAUGGAAGCUGUAGAGAGGGAGACUAUACAGCUGCCUCAAUGCCCCUUAGAGGUCAAAAUGAUUUAGCCUGUGGAAAUAGUUGCUUUUUAGGAGAUGACACUGUGGUCUCUCACUUUAAAUCAAUUUUAGUGCAGACAAGGUUGAGAAAGCAGAAUUUGAAGAUUUCAAAUACAGGAACAGUUUUGUGACUCGUGACAGGUCAUCUAAGGUCAUCAGAGUAAAAGGAAGUGAAGGACCUUUUUUUUAUUCUUCAGAUUUGCUUAUUUGUGUUCCUCUGCAGUCAAAACAUUUGAGGUUGUGAAAUGCUACAUUUUACAAUAAUAUUCUACCCUUUUGGUAAACCUCAGUGUUUACUCCUGAGUGGUUAUCUUGUCUGUUUUCAAUUUAUUUUGUUUUGUGUUGUCAAUGUGAACUGAAAAUGUAUGAUGUCCUGUAAUUUGUGUUUUUUUAAUCAUUGAAUGAUAUUGCUUUUUCAUGGGGGGGGGGAGUAUUUAAACAGCGAUUGAGUGCACUACUUAUUUUGUACCUACUGUUGACUGCAGUUAGAAUGCCAGCCUCGCUCUCUACCAUCUAGAUACUAUCCACUGUUUCACUUGUGUAUUAUGGAAACUGUGGAAAGAACUCUGUGGCUUUGAGUCAAGGCUGGAGGAAUUGUCAAUUUCCUUAUGCUUCUAUUGAAUAACUCCCUUGUACACAGACACACAGGCUUGUGUGAUACUGUAUGAUAUGUUUUUAUCUUUGGAGUCAGUUCCCUAGCUGUCUUAUAUAGGGAUAGACAAACAGAAGCUAUGUAUAUUUUUGAGUAACAAAGCAGUUUUUUUUUUUGUACUGUGUGCAAAUGUCGUAUUCUUCCUUGAAAGUGUAUGUCUUGAGUAAGUAUCUCUGCAGUUUAAAUUAUUUCAAAUGUACUUGAAUUGAAAGAUGUGGGACGAGUCUUAGUCAAGUAGUGGAAUGUCAGGAUUUACUCAAAUGCCAUUGUCUGACUAAAUGAUGUGCUUGUGAGUGAUCUUAAUUCAUGGAUUGGUCAGUUGAUUCACCCACCUAUCAUUCAGACUUUUAGACAUCGCUGCUGACCACACCAGGAUAAUUGUGAAGUGGGUAAAAGGCUUAGGCUGUUGUCAUGUGGUGUCGCUCUCCUUCUCUUGCUCUCUCCUUUUCUCUCUCCUUUACCUUGUUGUUUUUGUUGGCGUCCUCCCUUCCUUGAAGUACUUAGUGAUAUAAUGUGACAGUUGAAAGAAAUGGCUUUUCUAGUCAUGUCCAAUCAGUGAUUACUUGAAGGAAGAGAGAAAGGACUGUAUUUAUCCCAGCCCUUUAAACUUUCUAUGACACUGGUGCAGCAUGGAGGUGCUGACCCCAGGGUUUCUUGAGGACCGAGGAUGUAUUUUCCGCUAGUUACCACAGCCAUAUUGUCAAAAUUGGCUAUAUCGUAAAAAUGCAUGACACUUUUUGGUCUUAAUUUAAGAUUAGUGUUAGGCAUAAUAUUAUCAUUGUGGUUAGAGGUAGGUUUAAAAUGACAUUUUUAAGAACAUAAAUUGUAGAAGUCGGGGUGUUUAUGACUUCGUGGCUAGGGUAACUAGUGAAGAUCAGAGGACUUUUACUGGCUUAUUCACCGGAGUCCCACACGCCCCCUGAUGGCAGUAUAUAUUUGCCCAUGCAGCCUUCUGAUCCCACUGGGGGUACUUUUGACGCUGCACAUUCCUUUUCCUCCAUGACAUGUUAACACAACCUCCUCCAAUGGCAGGGUUUGUUUGAGAUGUCACUCACUGUAUCAGGAUGCGCUGACUAUGAAUAUGUAUACCUCAGAGAAAAGCCAUUACUGUCUCUAGCGCGCGCACACACACUUUUUGUUCUCUCAUCUGUCUUUGCCCCCCAGUGCCAGCUUCAUGACCUCACCUUCCUCUGGUGCCAAGGGUGCUGAAAUGUUAACAUGUUGUAGACAUGAGCCCUAUUCUCUGCUCUUAAGGUGAUGCCAUUUUAGACACUGGCAUUUGGUGGGUUAGCUGUAUCAUUGCAAGUGCUUUUGGAGAAAACCAUUCAGAAAUCUAUAUUUUUUUGCCAUGUUAUUGCUUACCUGCUGUCUUCCCAGGCCGCGCUUGUGUAACAACCAUACCAUCUCAGAAUUGUUAUGGUUGCAUAUUUCUGACUUUACAUAUAAAAGGUCUUAUUUUGCUUUAGAUCAUUUACGUGACUAAGAAUUCAUGAGGCUUCUACUAUAGUAAUAUUGCUUAUGAUUACAGAUUAUAAUUUUUUUCAUUUAAGUAUUCUUGACCUUUUCUUGCUUGAUCCCAACAACCAAAGUUAUUGUUUUGGCAUCCUUGUUUUCUUGUCAUUGUACUUCCUUUUUAUUAAUGGAACCACUUACUUUAAUACAUACUUGAAAUGUUUUGCCACAGUUUGUGCAACAUGUACAUAUGUACAGUCACCUCUAAAUUAACUAGAUGCUACGGGGGGGGGGCAUGACUUUGUACCCUCUCCAUCAGCAACUAGAAGACGACACUGAGUCAGAUGGCUUUGACCAGUUGUAUCCUCGUCAUGCCUUCUGCAUCUAGUGGUAGAUUAAUUCAACCGGAGGUUUUCUCAUUGGCUUUAAGCACAAUUAUUAUUGUACUGGUAUGCUUUGUAUUUAAAGAAUACUAUCUUGCUUGAAGGAAAAGGGUCCAUCAGGGCCUUAACGACCAUUUUCAUCAUUGCUGGUUCCUUUUUCAUUCUCACUGUCGUUCCAGACACUCUCUCCACUUCCUCAGUGUUGAAGAGACCAUUUAUCGAUGGUUGCUUGCAUUUGUCCACAAAUGUGUAGGGCACGAGCUGCAAAGACUGCUCAAGUGAGGUAGACUUUUUCCGACAUUACGUUCAGAGUUGCUUAAACUGUAGACCUCCAGUGGUUAGAGACAAGACUGCAAUAUUGUACUGAUUAUUUUCAAUUGUAAAUUAUGUAAAGUUGAUUAUGUUCAAAUGGGAGUCUAUUUUCUUGACCUGUUUUUCUUUUCUCCCUCUUCAAAGCUGUCUCCUGUUCUGGUAAUAGUUUCAAAGCUAUGAAUAUGAGUCAAGUAUUACAAUUGUGUUAUGAAUAUUACUGUGUUGAAACAUGAAUGUUACUUCAAAAUGUAUUUGAAUGCUUUAACCUGGUUAAGGGCUCCAAUUGUGAAAACCCCCCCUUUUUUUUGUUACACAGAAACGAGGUCUCGACUCUUUCUGUCUUAAAAUGCCUACCCCCCUCGCCCCCAGAAACCUCAAGUGAAAUGUGUCUUGGGAACUUUCCAAAAUCAUACUUUUUAUUCCCUCCUAACUUAAAGGGAAAAUCAAGUUUGCACCCUUUUUUAUGUAAAAUAAAUCUCUCUUAACCUUUA